UUGAUUUCGGAUUUCAGUUUGGACCGUUUGGAACUGCGCCUACUAUUCUCCCUAGUAUUUAAUCGCUUGCAACCGGUCUGACAUAUUCGAUCGAUCAGAGCACAUACUGAACAAUCUUCUAAGAUGGGCUUCACCGACUUUGUCUCCGACAGCGGUCUCACCCUGCUCAACAACUGGCUCAAAACUCGAUCCUACAUCACUGGCUACACUCCAUCUCAAGCCGACGUUGUCAGCUUCAAGUCCAUCGACAAGGCUCCUCCGGUUGAACUGUACCCCCACGCCUACCGUUGGUACAACCACAUCAAGUCCUACGAGGCCGACUUCUCUACCCUGCCUGGCGACCCAUCCAAGCCGUUCAACACAUAUGGACCCGAGGAAGUUGCUGUGACGCACAACCCGAAGGAUGCUCCAGCUGCCGAGGAUGACGACGAAAUGGAUCUCUUCGGCUCAGACGAGGAAGAGGAAGACCCAGAAGUCGUUGCCGAGCGUGAGAAGAGACUCGCAGAGUACAAGAAGAAGAAGGAAGGCAAGACCAAGCCAGCCGCCAAAUCUCUUGUCACGUUGGACGUCAAACCUUGGGAUGACGAGACCGAUAUGAACGAGCUGGUUAAGAACGUGUUGGCCAUUGAGAAGGAUGGUUUGGUCUGGGGUGCUCACAAGCUGCAAGCUGUUGGUUUCGGUAUCAAGAAGCUGCAAAUCAACUUGGUCGUUGAGGACGAGAAGGUCUCUCUCGACGAGUUGCAGCAGCAGAUCGAAGAGGACGAGGAUCACGUACAGAGUACUGAUGUAGUCGCCAUGCAGAAACUCUAAGGGGUCAAGGCACGAUCUACGCAUGUCUGUCAGUCAUUGUGUCGAAAUUCCGAAUAUCUGCUGUCGCCGCAGCCUCGCAUUGGCGAUCAGUUCAUUGCCCUCCCUAAUAGAUGAUGAGCAUUAUGACCAUAAAAAUGCCAAAUGACGUUCAAACUCACGUCCUUGUUCAAGUCCUUUUGCUGUGUUGGCUACCACAGGAUACUGUUGUUGUCCUGCUUUUUCUGUGACGUGAGAUCUGCUGAAGACUUUCUCGGAAGAUCCAAAAACCACACGUUAUUAUGAGCUGACUUCCUUUCAGCUCUUUCAGCUUCGCUGUCACUAUUGAUAGGAAUAGUGGGUUUUGGAGGGCACACGUUGCAGCGAGUCGGAGGUUGGUCCUAUGACAAAAUUGUUGGAAGUGGCGUUCAGCGUCCGGGCAGAAGGAAAUGACAUUGCCUGGCCUCGAGCAUAUCUCAUCUCAUCAAAGGGCCCUCUUGACCUUUGAGGCGGUGUUGUCUUGGCUUGUGAUCAGUAGACUCC